GUCUGUCGGUCUGUUGGCCGUCGAACGGCGGAGUAAGUGCCACAGCUGCUAUCGCCCCUGUUCCGGUCAGCCCUGACACCGGACUUGAAUUAGCUCCAACCAUCCGGCUUGGUUAAGCAUCCGAAAAAGAUCUUAAUCCACCCCCUCACCGUCGCCGGUAGAUCAGAGCAACCAUCUCAGCUCAUAAAAUAAACCGGCAUAAGAUAGAGUCGGUACUCCCCAUGGACAUAGAGAAGACGAUGAACAACACUAAGGGAUUGUACAUUCCUGAGGACAGGCCGAGAUAUACUCCUCCUGAGAAGAAAUCUUCUGGAAUUGAUGAAGCAGGUAGUGAUGCUGGAAAUUGCAUCCACAACCAUGCCAUUAGUUCAGAGGUUCAUGUUUCAUCUCAUCGGAGUUCUAGUAGGUAUGAGAGGGAGAGGGAUGGCCGUGGCACUGAAAGAGUAGAUUUCAGGGAUGGCGGAAGUAAAGGCAGAGAUGGGAGAAAGAGACCUGAUUACGGAAGGAAAGAGCAGUUUUAUGGAGGGGAAGCACGUAGGGAAUAUGAAGAAUAUGGAAAGAAGCGAAGUAGACAUGAUUUCAAGAGGGCACCCGGCAUGUUAACAUCCUGACUUCUGUUCAUGGAAAUCUUGCAUUCAUGCUUAAAAAGGCAGAUCUAAUUGGGAUGGUUACU